AUGUCAAUUUUUGCAUCUUCUCAAAAAGUAUAAGAGUUGUUGAAACAUGAAGGAAGAUCAAAUUCGAUGCAUUCAUUUUAUAAUAAUAGAUCUUCAUGUUACUCUACAUUAAAUUUGAAUAGUUCUUUAUGGGAUUAAUAGAAUCAUUAGCCAAUGUCAAUAUUGACAUCUAAUAGAAGUGAUAUAAAACAGAUGAAUGGAUCAACAGCAAAAUAAGUAUAUAUAAUUAUAAUAUAAAAGGAUAUAACAAAUGAGAUAGUAUAAUUUAAACAUGAUAGAAGAUCAUCAGUAGAUAUGUUUGUUCAUUCAGGAUUUGAAGCAUAUAAAAAAUACUAAAGUUAACCAAGAAGAGAUAUUAAGAUAUAUCCGAAUUUUAAAGAGGAAUUAUUACAUGAGGUAGUGAAGAUAGAGAAACCAUUUUAUAUUACUACAGUAGAAGAGAUAGAGAGAUAUUGGAAAGCAAAAGAAAUUAUGUUAUUAAGAUAGAAAAAUUAAUUAGAAUUUGAGAUCAAGUUAUAAGAAUAAUAAUCAAAUAAAAAGGCAAUAAUUUUAAAGGUGGAACCAUUAUAACAAAUAUCAUAGAUAGAAGUUUAAAUAUAAUAAUUAGAAAUAUAAUUAAAGUAUUUGUAUUAAUUAAUGUUAGAAAUAAGAAUUACAUCCUUAAUGAUUUAAAAAUUUAAAGUGAAGAAUUAGAUAUUCAAUAUGAAAAUAUAUUAGAUUAAGUUAAUGAUAAAUAAUUUAUUAAAUACGAAAAACAGUUAAAGAAUAUUCAAUAAUCAUUUAAGGACUUAAAUAGAAGAUUUCAUGAAACAGAAGAAUAGAUUAUGAUGAAAGAAAAUGAAAUUGAAUCAAAAAAGAAAUAAAUAUAAAGAAAAUCUUCAAUAAUAAUUCCAUAAAACCUCAAAAAAACUCAAUGA